GUUCGUACGACCUGGAAGCAGUCAGAGAGAUGACAAAGAAGAAAUUUAUGGCAGUUAAUGGAGACCUACUCAACGUAGCCGCUCCAAAGAGUACAUACGUCAAGCCUGAAGAAGAAAUCGAGAAUCCCGAAGAAUCGGAGGAGGAAUUUGUAGUUUCUCACAACGUAGUUCUAAAGGGUCCCGAAGCAAGAAAAAUGACCGUAUCACAAGCUCCUCCUCCUAUCAAAACUGUUUCAACUUUGACGGUAUUCCAUGAUGUUAUCAAGCACAUUAAUCCUCUUCCCGAGGAAUGGAAUGAACUUGGCAUGUUUGGAAAAAUGUUGAGCAUUAUAAAGAUUCCUGCCAUAUUGCUGCUGAAAGUGACGAUCCCACUUACCGAUUGCAGUUGGUCGAAGGCGAUGGCUAUCAUUCAAGCUUUAUUUGCACCGCAGUGGUUCCUCUUUGCAUUCGGAAUGACCACACUGCAACCUUUCAAUGGCAGCCCGGGUUUAUAUGCUUAUGCAUUGAUACUAUCAGCCAUAAUCAUUGUUUUACUGGCGAUUUUUACCUCAAUCGACAAGCAGCCGAGAUACUACAAAGAAUUCGCCUCAUACCUCGGCUUCGUAAUGGCACUCUCAUGGAUCUAUAUCAUAUCUUCAGAAGUUGUCAGUGUAGUCACAAUGAUUGGCGUGAUAUCCCAACUAUCGCAUGAGAUAUUAGGAUUGACUGUCAUGGCUUGGAGCAACAGUAUUGGCGAUCUGGUAGCAGACAUCUCUGUGGUGAAACAAGGUUACCCUCGAAUGGCAAUGGCUGCUUCGAUCGGCGGACCACUCUUCAACUUUCUGAUCGGUUUUGGUUUGCCUUUUCUUAUUGCAGUAGCUGAUGGACGUACAGUCACGGUAAACCUCAAUCCCACCUACAGGGUGUUAAUAUUAUUUUUGUGUAUAUCGCUGACAACAACACUCAUCGCUUGUUUUGUGCAACAUUUCUAUCUUCGACGACCGCACGCGAGACGCAUGUUCUUGUAUGGAAUUGACUUAUACGAUUAGAUGGUUAUGUUGUCCAGAUUGUGUUGAUUUGU